UCCAAGCCCUACACACACUCACUCCCCCUCUCUCACAUUCAUACACACUCUGUGUCUUUCUCUCUCCCCCUGUGACUAUCUCUAGUUUUGAACUUUCCCUUUAAAUAUCCUCCCUAACGGGAAAUAACGGUAGUAAGCUGCUUGCCACCGUCCGGUCAGGCUAUCCGAUUUCUCUACCAUCAGUGAAUUUACGUGCAGUCGGACAGGUGCUCGUGCUUUGCGAUGAGAACGCUGUUGAUAUCACUCCUCUGGGUCCUCGGCGGGGUGGAGGAGACCGUGGCAGUACCUGCCGUAGGUCUACCUGCCACGAGAGAGUUCUACAUCGCCGCGGUUGAGAUUGGUUGGGACUAUCUCUACUGGGGCAGCGCUGACACGUCGGAACAAAGGAGGAGGACCAAUGAUCCCCCUCAGAAAUACAUAAAAGCUGUUUAUAGAGAAUACACUGAUUCCACAUAUUCAGUCCCCAAGCCUACAUCAACAUGGGCAGGUAUCCAGGGUCCGGUGAUCCAUGCCCAGGCCAGUGACAGGGUGGUGGUGCACUUUAAGAACCUGGCGUCCCAGCCCUACAGUAUCAGCCCUGUGGGGGUCAGCUACUGGAAACAGUCUGAGGGGGCCGGAUACGAUGACGCCACGUCUAGCCAGGAGAAGGAGGAUGAUGCGGUUGCUCCAGGAGGAUACUACAAGUACGUCUGGGACAUCAACCCUAAAGACGGUCCGACRGUGGGAGACCCAGAAUGCCUCACCUACUCCUACUCCUCCCAGGUGGACACUGUACAGGACUUCAACUCUGGGCUCAUCGGGGCUCUGCUCAUCUGCAAAUCAACUGCAUUUACAGAUAAUGGAGUUCGGAAAAACAGAGAGUUUAUUCUGCUCUUUGCUGUUUUCGAUGAGAGUAAGAGCUGGUACGGAGAGGUGGGGAGUUUCCGGGAAAGAUUUAAGAAGGCCAGUGCAAGAAAACAGUACCACACUAUCAAUGGAUACGUCAACUCAACUUUACCAGGUCUGACGAUGUGCCAGGGGCGAGAUCAUGUGUUCUGGCAUCUCAUUGGAAUGGAAACGUCUCCAGAGAUCCACUCCAUACAGCUCCAGGAUCACACUCUGCAGGUGAUGGCCCACCGUAAGGUUACUGUGGAGAUGACCCCUAUGACGUUCACCACGGCGGAGAUGAAGCCCAGCACUCAGGGGAAGUUCCUCAUCAGCUGUCAGAUCCAAGCAUACCGCCACGCGGGUAUGAGUGCAGUCUUUGAGGUGGAGGACUGCCCAGAGCCUGUGACGGUGCCCGGUCCUGACGUGCGUCAGGUCAAGCAGUCUGAGAAUGAGGAGGACUAUGAAUAUGGAGAUGACAUGUUUGAGACAUUUGUGUUUAAGCCUGUGAAAAGUCGGGCUGUGGGGCGCUCUCGAGGGGGGAAGAACAAAGUCUGGGUCCAUUACAUUGCUGCUGAGGAGAUCAGUUGGGAUUACGCACCCCACCUCAGCCAGGGAGACAGGUACAAAACUCCACCUCAAAAAAGACUAGGACAGAAAGGAGAAGUUCAUGAUCCUACAAAUACUGAUACUACUAUCUCUGUUUCCAUCAACUGUUAUCGGAAUACUCCCCAGUCCUAUCAGCUGGGUCAUGAAUAUAAGAAGGUGGUGUAUGUAGAAUACACUGACCAGACCUUCACCAAGAGGAAAUCACCUGUUAAAAGACUGCUGGGACCACUGCUCAGAGGACAGGUGGACGAACACUUCCAGAUAGUGUUCAAGAACCUGGCAAGUCGUCCUUUCAACAUUUAUCCAAAGGGCCUCACCAGGAUUUCUCCACUGAGGAAAACAGGGAACGAGGGUGAAAAGGACCUACGCUCCCUGGCUGUACCCCCCAACGGGACAUAUGGGUAUGUGUGGAAACUAACAGCAGAGGACGGGCCCCUGGAGAGAGACCCCCAGUGUCUGACCCGUCUGUACCAGAGUACCAUCAACCCUGAGAGAGACCUGGCCACUGGCCUCGUAGGACCCCUCCUCAUCUGCAAGAAGGACUCCAUGGACACCAGGGGGCGGCUGGUGGGCCCAGAUAAAGUGAAGCAGUUGAUGUUUGCUGUGUUUGAUGAGAACAAGAGUUGGUACAUCAAUGACAACAUUCAGAAGUACAGCAAAGACCCCUCCAUGGUCAACCCUACAGACCCUGACUUCUACAACUCCAAUGUCAUCUACAACGUGAACGGGAUUAUGUUCAAUGAGCAGAGGGUCCAGGUGUGUAAGGAUGACGUGACCUUCUGGCACCUGGCCAACGUGGGGACGCAGAGCGACUUCUUGUCCGUCUACUUCACAGGAAACCCCUUCAUGAAAGACAACGUGUACGAGUCCGUCCUCACACUCUUCCCAAUGUCCGGGGAGACCGUUACCAUGGAGACUCAGCUAAUCGGUGAGUGGGAGAUCAGUGCGUUCGACGGCAGUCUGAAAAGCCGUGGCAUGAGCGCCCGCUACUCCGUCCUGUCUUGUAACAUUGAUCUGCUGGUGGACAACGAAGACGUAGAGUAUGGCCUGGAGGACAUCCUGCCUGAUUACGUAGACAACUUCUUCAAACCCAGAUCCCACCACCCCCAGCCACAGAACAGGACCGUAGCUGUCAGAGUCUGCAGGAAGCAACCUGGCUUAAACCAGAACACAACAACACCGCAAACAGGAAAUGACACAGAUAACGAAGUCGCCAUCGGAGAAUCAGGGGACCACGGGUCUGAUAACAAUGUCACAUUUAAGGCAGGGGACCAGAGGUCAAUCUGUGAGGUCAGGUAUGUGACGGUGUUGUCUGCUGACGAGGAGGGCAACCUGCUCUCCCAGGGAGGGAUCCCCACAGAUGUUCUAGAGCAACUGGAGAAGGACGGGGAGUGGAAAGCUUCAGAGAACCAGGAGGGAGGGGACCUGGGUGGGGAGCAGGGGGGGAACGGGAGACAGAGACGCCAGGCCGGGUUGGAGGGUGGAGAGAAUGGAGAGCGCAACAAGCUGGUGGAGAACUGUGAGGAAGAGGUUCUGAAGGAGUGGAAGGGUCGGGUGUAUGGGGAGGCACUAGAGCAGGAGCAGAGAGAGGAGCAGAAGGUGGAGGUGUUGGAUCAGCAGAAGGAGCAGGAGGCGCAGGGUGAGGGGUUCUUAAAGGUGCAGGAGCAGAGGGAGAGGCAAAAGGGGGAGCUGGAUCGAGAUUCACAUCCCCUAACCACCAAUCACGCAGAUAAGGACCCUCUACUCUUGGAGUUAGACGGAUGGAUGGAUCUAGACCCCUUGAACAAAACUUUGGAAGCUCUCCCGGAUCAGCUGAAGGUGCAGCAGCAGAGGGAGGAGCAGAAGGUGGAGGCGUUGGAUCAGCUGAAGGUGCAGCAGCAGAGGGAGGAGCAGAAGGUGGAGGUGUUGGAUCAGKUGAAGGUGCAGCAGCAGAGGGAGGAGCAGAAAGCUGGGGAUGUGCAUCCCCUAAGCAACAACACUCACACAGAGCUGGACACCCCUCUACUGGAUUUGUUGGAUCUAGACUUCUCCAAUGUCUCCAAUGACAACAAGACGGCUCCCAGGAARGCAGUGUCUCUGGAGUAUGAUGACUAUAGUGAGGAAGACACUGGGACAGCCUACAUAGGGAUAGAGGAAAACCUGGACCUGAGGACCACAGAUGGACAAUACCGCAGCUACUACAUCGCUGCACAGGAGAUCACAUGGGACUAUGGGAUCAGGAAACCACAUCAGCUCAUAAAAACAAGAGAGAGGCGUAGGGGAAUGAGGAAGUUCCUGGUGGAAUAUAAGAAGGUGGUGUUCAGGGCCUACAGUGAGAGAGAAUUCCAGAUCCCCGUCACCAGAGGAGAGCUGCAGGAACAUCUGGGACUCAUGGGUCCUAUCAUUAAAGCUGAGGUCAARGACCUCCUUACCGUGACCUUCAAGAACAUGGCGUCCAGGCCGUACUCCCUGCACCUCCAUGGGGUGUAUGAUAAGAGCCAGGGUGAUGGUCAGUCCUCCGGGGCCGGGGUGGRGGGGGUCCCUGGGGAGGUGGUCCAGCCUGGGGAGGUCAGGGUCUACASCUGGAGGAUCACCAGGAAGCAGGGGCCCACCGCUGCAGAGUUUGACUGUAAGYCCGGGGCCUACUACUCUACACAGAAUAAGGAGAAGGACCUCCACUCUGGUCUGAUUGGCCCCUUAGUAAUCUGUAAACCAGGCACCCUCCACCCCCAACUGAACCUACAGCCCAACCUACAGGAGUACGCCCUCCUCUUCCACACCUUCGACGAGACKAAGAGCUGGUACCUGGACGAGAACAUCCGUCAGUACUGCAUCCCGCCCUGCCAGGCCCGGAGAGAUGACCCCUGGUUUCAGCUCAGCAACAAGUUUGCAGCGAUAAACGGCUACGUGGCAGAGACACUUCCUGGUCUGAUGGUUGCCCAGCACCAGCAAGUCAGGUGGCACCUGCUGAAUGUCGGGGGCAACGGAGAGUAUCACGCCGCCCACUUCCACGGUCUGCCCUUCAGCAUUCACAAGGAGCAGGAGCAUCGCAUGGGGGUGUACAACCUCUAUCCUGGUGUGUUUGGCACAGUGGAGAUGAGGCCGGCCACGGUGGGGACCUGGAUGGUGGAGUGUACAGUAGGAGAGCACCAGCUGGCCGGCAUGAGGGCUAAACUACUGGUCUACAACCCACGAUGCAUCCAGCCUCUGGGGUUGAGGUCAGGAAGAAUAGACAAUUCCCAGAUCACUGCAUCAGACCACAUAGGUAACUGGGAGGCCAGGCUGGCGAGGCUGGAGCUAUCUGGUUCUGUUAACGCCUGGAUGGGCGCGGAUCAGAAAUCAUGGAUCCAGGUGGACCUCCAAAGACCCACACUGAUCCAUGGGAUCCAGACCCAGGGUGCAAGAGCCUCUCUGGGCCUGAAGGACUACUUCAUCAUGUACUUCACCCUCUCCUACAGCCUAGACCAGGAGACCUGGACUAACUACAGGGGGAACAGCACCAAGCCAGCCUACAUAUUUAACGGUAACCUGGAUGGCUCCAAGGUGAAGGAGAACCAUCUGUCUCCCCCCAUCCUGGGUCGCUACAUCAGACUGCAGCCUGUCACCAUCCAGAGGAACCCUGCUCUUCGCAUGGAGCUGCUGGGCUGUGACGUCAACAGCUGCUCCUUCCCCCUGGGUCUCCAGAGGAGGUCGGUUCCAGACAGCAGCUUCAGAGCCUCCUCCUUCCUGCAGACUUGGAGGCUCUCCUGGAGCCCCGCCCUCGCACGCCUCCGCCAGGAUGGCAGCGCCAAUGCAUGGCGCCCCAAGGCCAAUAACCCCCAUGAGUGGCUGCAGGUGGACUUCRUGGUUAUAAAACGCAUCACAGGGGUCGUCACUCAGGGGGCGUGGUCUAUUCUGACUCAGAUGAUGGUGACAGAGUUCUCUGUAACCAUUAGCGACACCGGCCACUCCUGGUCCAACGUGGUUGACGAGGGAACGCAAAGAGAGAAGAUGUUCUUGGGGAACAGUGAGCCAGAUGAGGAGAUGCUGAACCUCUUUGAUCCUCCUCUGUUUGCCCGCUUCAUACGGAUCCACCCCAAAGGCUGGGUUAACGACAUAGCCCUGCGCCUGGAGUUCCUGGGCUGUGACACCCAGCAGCGACACUGAGAGACAGGGCAGGGGGCUCCACUGUGCAGCUCCACACUCAGGCCCACCUCAUCUUUGUCUCUUCUAUUUAAUGAGCAUAGCAGUGACGUGAUGAUCAUGAAAUAGUCAUGUCAUUGAUGGAUGAACAGAGUGAGUGAAGUUUAAAAGGUUUGUUUAGCUAGAAUCAGAGUCAUAUAUGAUAUGCUGUUGUAGUAAGUGUCUAUUGAUGAGCUUCAACUGAGAAUAGUUCUUAGGUCUGGUCACUCCACUAUCAAUAGUAUAACACAUUACGUUAGUUUAUGAAGACGGACUCUCACAGACGGUUUGUCUCAUGUACAAUAUAUACUACUACAAACACUAUGACUUCAGACAUUCCAGAUGUGAUCAAAUACAUGUAAAUAGUACAGUAUAACAAUUAUUUCUGUCUGGAUGGGACUGUGACAGUAAUCUGUACAGUACUGUAUGUAUAUGCAAUGUAUCAUAUGCACUGAGGGGAGAGGGAUAGAGUUUAUAUUGUUAAAUAAAAUUGGAAUUAUAUCAAG